GUUCGUCUUGCAAAGUAAAAGGAGUCAAUAGGAGGUAUGUAAAUACUUCACUUCUCUCCAUCCUGUCUACCUCUUCUUCUUCCUCAAUUGGGAUCUUUGAGGUCGGAUUCGGAAAGCCUGCGAUACAUAAGAAAUGGCGAAAUCUAGUGUAGACGAUGUUGAACUCCGGCGAGCAUGUGAAGCUGCAAUAGAGGACCCCAAGGAGAACGUCGUCACGGCGAUCCGUGUUGCCAAGAGUCAUGGGCUCUGGGGAAAGUCUGUCAAGCUGGGCCGUCAAAUGGCCAGGCCUAGGGUUCUCGCUCUCUCCAUAAAUUCUAAAGGUCAGAGAAAAACUGCUUUUCUUCGAGUCUUAAAGUAUACGACGGGAGGUGUUCUUGAGCCUGCAAAGAUAUACAAGCUUAAGCACCUUUCAAAAGUGGAAGUUAUAGCAAAUGAUCCCAGUGGAUGUACUUUCACACUGGGGUUUGAUAACAUCAGAAGCCAGAGUGUAGCUCCUCCUCAGUGGACAAUGCGCAAUAUUGAUGACAGGAAUCGUCUCCUUCUUAGCAUCUUGACUAUGUCCAAAGAUCUUCUAGGUCACCUUCCUAAAGUUGUUGGUAUAGAUGUUGUGGAGUUGUCUCUCUGGUCUAAGGCAAAUGUUCCCCCAGUUUCAAUACAAAGGAGUCCACAAGGUGGUGCUCCUGUCGCAUCUGCUGUGACAGAGCCUGAAAUGAAAGUCGCUGUUGAAAAGGAGCUUGUCUCACAAGCAGAGGAAGAGGACAUAGAGGCUCUCUUGGGAACUUAUGUUAUUGGUAAUGGUGAAGCAGAAGAAUUUUCUGAAAGGUUGAAGAGAGAACUCCAGGCUCUUGAAGCGGCAAAUGUGCAUGCCAUUUUAGAAAGUGAACCUAUGAUAGAAGAGGUGUUGCAAGGGCUUGACACAGCAAUGAGUUGUGUGGAAGACAUGGAUGAAUGGUUAGGCAUUUUCAAUGUGAAACUUCGGCACAUGAGGGAGGAUAUUGAAUCGAUAGAAACUCGCAACAACAAUUUGGAAAUGCAAUCUGUAAAUAACAAAGCCCUCAUUGAGGAGCUUGAUAAGCUUGUUGAGCGACUGCAGGUCCCUUCUGAGUAUGCAGCAUGUCUGACAGGAGGUUCAUUUGAUGAGGCAAGAAUGAUUCAAAAUGUUGAAGCAUGUGAAUGGUUGACUGGUGCCUUGCGCAGUCUUGAAGUGCCUUAUCUGGAUCCUGCUUAUGCCAACAUGAGAGCUGUUAAAGAAAAGCGUACGGAACUUGAAAAGUUAAAAUCUACCUUUGUUAGGAGAGCUUCAGAGUUCUUGAGAAAUUAUUUUGCUAGUUUGGUGGAUUUCAUGAUAAGUGAUAGAAGUUAUUUCUCUCAGCGUGGACAGUUGAAGAGGCCUGAUCAUGCAGACUUGCGGUACAAAUGCAGGACAUAUGCACGACUUCUGCAGCAUUUAAAGAGUCUGGAUAAAAAUUGCUUGGGUUCACUGAGGAAAGCUUAUUGCAGUUCACUUAACUUGCUUCUUCGCAGGGAGGCUCGUGAGUUUGCAAAUGAGCUUCGUGCUAGCACUAAAGCAUCAAGAAAUCCAACUGUUUGGCUUGAAGGUUCAACAGGUUCUGGUCAGAAUGUAAAUGCUGCUGACACUUCUACAGUUUCUGAGGCUUAUGCAAAGAUGCUCACGAUUUUUAUCCCGCUUCUGGUGGAUGAGAGCUCAUUCUUUGCACACUUUAUGUGCUUUGAAGUUCCCACGUUAGUUCCUCCAGGUGGCAUUGUAAAUGGUAAUAAAACUGGAUAUGAUGAUGAUGCCAAUGAUGAUGAUCUAGGAAUUAUGGAUAUUGAUGAGAAUGACCGCAAGCCUGGUAAAAGUUCCGUUGAGCUUGUGGCUUUAAAUGAAUCACUCCAGGAUUUGCUUGAUGGCAUCCAAGAAGACUUCUAUGCUGUAGUGGAUUGGGCAUAUAAGAUUGAUCCUUUGCGCUGCAUAUCAAUGCAUGGAAUAACAGAGCGCUAUCUCUCUGGUCAGAAAGCAGAUGCAGCAGGGUUUGUUCGCCUUUUGCUUGGUGAUCUAGAGUCUAGGAUAUCCAUGCAGUUCAGCCGUUUUGUUGAUGAAGCUUGCCAUCAAAUUGAAAGAAAUGAACGCAAUGUUCGCCAAAUUGGGGUCUUAUCCUAUAUUCCCAGAUUUGCAACCCUUGCAACACGGAUGGAGCAGUACAUACAGGGCCAGUCUAGGGAUUUGGUUGACAAGGCAUACACAAAAUUUGUUAGCAUAAUGUUUGCAACUUUGGAAAAAAUUGCACAAACAGAUCCAAAGUAUGCAGAUAUUUUUCUUUUAGAGAACUAUGCAGCAUUUCAAAAUAGUUUGUAUGAUCUUGCCAAUGUUGUAUCGACUUUGGCUAAGUUUUACCAUCAGGCUAGUGAAGCCUAUGAACAAGCUUGCGCACGCCAUAUUAGUAUGAUUAUUUAUUAUCAAUUUGAACGUCUUUUCCAGUUUUCUAAAAGGAUUGAGGACUUAUUGUAUACGGUUGCCCCUGAAGAGAUUCCUUUCCAGCUUGGUUUGUCAAAGAUGGAUCUACGAAAGGUGUUAAAAUCAAGUUUAUCUGGGGUUGACAAGUCCAUUGCUGCAAUGUAUAAGAAAUUGCAGAAGAACUUGACUUCGGAGGAACUGUUACCUUCCCUGUGGGAUAAAUGCAAGAAAGAGUUUCUCGAUAAGUACGAAAAUUUUGCCCAGAUUGUUGCUAAGAUUUACCCCACAGAAACGAUGCCAACUGUUGCAGAGAUGAAGGGCAUUUUGGCUUCCAUGUAAAGUUUUCUGUUCUCUCUAUUAUUGAGGUUAAUCAUUCUUUUUUACUGCCAUGGUAUGUAAUUAUAUUGAUUCAAUUACUUGUUUUAAUGAUUUGAAAGGACCCCCCACUUGUUUUAACGCGAA